AUGGCAUCUCAGAGGAUCGCCUCCGCACUCGCGGAGAUUGAGUCGUCCACCAACCCACAGACUAAGCUCCAGCAGUACACCAACCUUCUCUCCGAGAUCACAUCCACAUCAUCCGAGCAUGAGCUUGGCCAAGACCUGAUUUACUACCUUGACUCGGUACUCAGCGAAGAAAUCAGCAUCGUAGCGGCCCGACCGCUCCUCGAUUCCUUCAUCGCCGUCCUCCAGAAACUCACCCCAGAAACGCAGAUCAAAGUCGGCCAGCAUGCAGUAACGCUGCUCCAAUCUCGCUCCUCAUCCGUCGAGGAGCAAGAUUCCCAGAUUCGUGAGAUCCUCGCAGACGCAUACGAGUCCCAGGAGGAUUACGCGGCAGCCGCACGGGCACUACAAGGCAUCCACAUCGACAGUUCACAGAGACUUGUCUCGGACGCUGCCAAGGUGCGGCUAUGGAUCCGGAUAGUACGACUAUACCUGGAGGAGGACGAUACGACCAGCGCAGAGGGGUUCCUGAACAAGAUCAAGAACUUGCCUAGCAAGAUCGAGGACCACGAGCUGAAGCUCCAUUUCAAGCUGUCUCAGGCCCGGAUCCUCGAUGCGCGACGGCGGUUCCUGGAUGCGAGCCAGGAAUAUUUCAACGUCAGUUUGGCUGGUGGGGUGGAUGAGAGCGAUCGGCUACAGGCGCUUGCUGCUGCGAUUCGGUGUGCGGUCCUUGCCCCGGCGGGACCGCAACGCUCUCGCAUCCUCGCUACGUUGUACAAGGACGACCGUGCGACUUCCGUUGAGGAGUUUGGGAUUCUUGAAAAGAUGUUCCUGGAUAGGCUCUUGGAUCCAGCUGAGAUUGCUGCCUUUUCUGAACGACUGGCUCCACACCAAUUGGCUCGGACGGCGGACGGCACCACAGUGCUUGACAAGGCUGUCGUCGAACAUAACCUCGUCGCCGCCAGUAAACUUUACGAGAACAUCACGACGGACGCACUAGGUGCGAUCCUGGGUCUCAAGGAGAGCGGAGACAUGACGGCGGGCGAAAAGGCGGAGGCCUACGCGGCGCGAAUGGUCGAGCAGGGUCGACUGAACGGUAGCAUUGACCAAAUCGCCGGUGUGAUCUACUUUGACUCGAGCAAGGGCGGGUCUGCCACUGCAACGGGACGACAUAUCCGACAGUGGGAUGCGGGGGUGCAGGGUCUCGCGGAGGAUGUGGAACGGGUUGCAGUUAGUAUUACAGAUGCGUUUCCGGAGUUUUCUGUGGGACAGAUGGUGCGAUAG